AUGGCCAAUAUGCGGAUCGAAAUUGAGCAACUGCGAAAUCUCACCAACCUAUCUAUUACCCUGAACACUCCUCACCCUGAACAAAGAGCCAACACAACUAUCCCACCAUCCUUUUCUCCUGUCGAUUCGCCUGCUCCUCAAACCUUCCCUUCAAACCCUCCAUCUCACACAGUCAAUCUAAACGCUACCAAUUCGCCCUCUGUUCCCCAACAAACUAACCCGCAACAAACCAUCUCACAACAAUCCAAUCCACAGCAAGCCGCCCCACCACCAACCAACUCACGACAAGUCAACCCGCAGCAAACCAGACUACAACAAACUAUCCCACCACAAAAUGACCCGCAGCAAGUCAACUUUCAACAAACUCAUCCGCCUUCUUUUACUGCUCCCUAUAUCCCUCAGCCCUCAGUUAUCCAAAAUACCCCACCUACCCAAAAUUACCAAGCUACCCAACACAUGCCGUUGACACACACCACUAGCCAUAACACGCAAUAUGUGCCACCGGUAUAUGUAGCAGAAGCUCAACCUUUCACCACCCAGUUGCAGGCCGUACAACAUCCAGAGGUUGACCCUUAUGAAGAAAUGGAAAGGGAAGCCAGAGCGAGAGCAGACGAGAAUGUAGCAAAAGAGCUUCGCAGUCUAAGGGAAGCAGUUAGGAACAUCCAGACCAACAAAGGAUGCGAGGGACUGGAAUACGAGGAUCUUUGCAUUCAUCCUGACAUCGAGUUACCUGCUGGAUAUAAAGUCCCGAAGUUUGACAUGUUUGACGGGAAGGGAAAUCCUAGGGCUCACUUGAGAUCUUAUUGCGAUAAGCUUGUCGGGUGGGAAAAGAUCAGGCUAUUCGGAUGA